AUGCUGCAGGUCGGGCUCGAGGUGGUCAUCACUUUCUCGAUUCUUUUACGUGCUUAUCAUGCUCUCCUAACACUACCUACACCACGGGGCACAUCAUCGCGCGUGUGGGGCCAUGCCUCUGCCACCACCUCGUCUGGUGGAUCAGUACGCCGCGUAGGCUCGCUCCAUCGACGUGCUGUUCUUCAUGAUGCAUUACGCACAGCCUGUGUAUGGGGAACCUACCUAUCUCUACGUUCAUGGAUUGCGUGGGCACUUUGGCUCCUUCCAUUUGGAUCGACAAUCCACACACUGUGGUUGCUAUGGAUGCUGGCCAAUCCAUCCAUGGCAACAUACCUCCUCUACGUGAGCAUCCAGCCUUGGCUUCGCGAGCAAGAGUCGUACAUUGACGAAGCAUGGCUCUGGGUGCAUGGCCUGUACUUGUUUAGCGCGGGCGGCGUGCAUCGAGUCUGGCACGGUCUACGUCCCUGGCUCUGGCCCACGCCCAGCCACGUCGUAGAGUACCACAUGCCCGGCUGGCUGACGCUUCUUACGCCGAAAAAGCAGCCAGCUCUAGUACACCAUGAUCGCUCCGACGAAGAAGAGGUCGAUCUGAGCCUGCGUCUCUCGCCGACGACGCGCAGCAGCAGCGACGACAAGUCCGACGAAGAGGUUGGCGAUCUCUCGCUGCACGCCAUCCCUUGGCACUCGACUCCACAGGUGGCAGCGCCCCGCCUUGUAUCGCCGCCUUGGUCGCCAUCCAUGCCUUCCACCACAAACGAGUCGCCACGUCCGAAACGUUCGAUACCCCCUACGGCGCUCUCUGAAGGGCCAACACAGCGCUCGAAGCGCACUCGUAUACCCACAGCCAAGGCAGUAGCAGCCACACGCUCUACCCGCCCAACCUCGCAGCUCCCUCGCCUCAAGCGCCCACCCUCGCCCAAGGCACCGACGAAAUCCAAGGCACAACGGACGACUACUACGUCCCCACGCCUUCGUCCUCCACGCGCACGGCGACGCGCUCCGUCCUCGUAA